AUGACAGAAUUUUCUGAUGAGACCGGUCAGGAUUUUUCUGAUGAGGCAGAGAGUUCAGAUUCCUUCAGUUCCUCUGAGGGGCUGCAGCCCUCGCCCCAUGCCUCUGGAGACAAACCUGAAAGUGGGACGCAGACCACCACCUGGGAGCAUGAAGAUAAACCAUCAGAGCUGUCAGAUUUGAGUAGUAAUGGCAAGAAGUUAAGUAGAAAAUGGAUCAGCCACCUUAAGAGCAAUAAAAGUAACUCUGGACAGUACUCACCUGAUAGUAAAAUUGAGAAAGAAAUCACUCAGGUGCCUGACAAAGAAUUGAAUGCUCUUCAGUCUUUUUGCAACAUUAAGAUAAACCUGAUCCAUCGUAGAUUGAACUGUAAGGAGGCAAAGAGCAGGAGAGGAAAAAAGAGACAGCUCAGACUGGAUGCGGAGGUUCCAGAUAUAGAUGUACAGAAAUGUACUGUUCCUGAUGAGAUUUUGAACAGAAUCUAUUUUGAAAACACGAAGGCAACACUAAAACAGGUGUCAGCAACUAAACAACACAUUUCUUCGCAGUGUCACAGUUGUAACAGAAAAAGAGCAGAACUAGCCCAAUCUGCUUUCCUGAAGCGAAAGACGACUUUACUGCAAUCGCUUUUACUCCAGCAGAAAAUAGAUGAGCAUCUCCACACCAAUGAUUUUCUCACUUUUGUUGGAGAAGCACACAAGGGCCUUCCAAGACUUUCAGAUGACCCCAGAUUAAUCUGGAAAAGACUGACUGAGAAAUGUCAGAUCAGAUGCUCUGGUUUUGAAAAGCCAGAUGCAGACCAGAAGGUGUAACAGGAUGGAAAUAGUGCUUGUUAUAGUCACUGUUUUGUCUAA